CGGGCUUCUCUUGCCCUGCUCAGUUAAUUUGACUGUCAGUUGAUGUUAACGCUGCAGUUUAAGUGCUUGGAUUCCACGAGAAACAGACAAACCUCGCAGAAGGAAGGAGGGAAGCAAGGAAGGAAGGAAGGAACUGCGGGAGGAAAAGAACAGGCAGAACAGUGAGAGGAAUAAAGGGAAGGGGGGGAACGCCAAAUCUAUGAUUGGACCUGGGCUUCUUUUUCGCCAAUGCAAAAAGGAAUAUGCAGCACAUUUUUGCCUUCUUCUGCACCGGUUUCCUAGGCGCGGUAGUAGGUGCCAAUUUCCCCAACAAUAUCCAGAUCGGGGGAUUAUUUCCAAAUCAGCAGUCACAGGAACAUGCUGCUUUUAGAUUUGCUUUGUCACAACUCACAGAGCCCCCAAAGCUGCUCCCCCAGAUUGAUAUUGUGAACAUCAGCGACAGCUUUGAGAUGACCUAUAGAUGUUAACCUUGAGAACCCUUUGGGAGUUGCAUGCAGGAUGCUCCUGGAACUGACAUCCCACCC